AUGUCUUCUGAUAAAGUGUUCCACUCGCGGUCCCAGGGCAUUCCGUCCGAGGGUGUGAAGGAUCAGUAUGCUGAUGGGAAAGCAGCCAGAGUGUGGAAGAAAUACAUCGGAGACAGCAACCAAAGGACAAAGAACUACCGGGACUUCUUGACCGGUCUACUCAGGAAACAUGGCUGUAAAACCGUGUUGGAUGUGGCUUGUGGUACCGGGAUCGACUCCAUGAUGUUGUUGGACGAUGGCUUCAAGGUAGUGUCGGUGGACGCUUCCGACAAGAUGUUGAAACACGCGCUCAAGGCUCGCUGGGAGAGACGGAGGGAGCAGAGAUACGACGAGUGGGUAAUCGAAGAAGCCAACUGGCAGACAUUGCCACAAGACAUCGAACAGUUCAUGCCGGGAGUACAGUUCGAUGCUGUAAUAUGUUUAGGGAACUCGUUCGCGCAUUUAUUAGACGAGUACGAGGAUCAGAGGACACAGAAGAUGUGUUUGAGGAACUUCGCACAAGUAUUAAAACCCGGCGGCCUGUUGUUUAUAGAUCACAGGAACUACGACUCAAUGAUCAACAGAGGCGCUACUCCCGGACACUCUAUAUACUAUAACUGUAAAUACCCAGUGGACAUUAAAACCUCAGUGCUUGUGGUUCGCGGGAAACCCGAACUGGUCGCCUUGGACUACUGCAUAGACGCUACGGACGAGGAUCCGAACGCAGAGAGAAGUGAAUUCCGCCUGUGUUACUAUCCUCACGGCCUGGACGCCUUCACGCGAAUGUUAGACGCGGCCUUCGACGGUCGCGCACAACACAACAUAUACGCCGACUUCCAGCCACUCGACAAGGUGCCCGAGCCCGCCUACUACAUACAUGUAAUGCAGAAAAAAUAA